AUCUUCAACGUGCUCCGGCUGGCGUUGGAAGUAGUUCCGGUGGUUCAGCAGCCGAGCGGAGCACACGGAGAGAGACGGACCCGGGAUCCUGACGUUGCUGAGCGCAAACGCGAAUAGCGGUGUCGAGUCCUCCCGUCAUGACUGUCCAGUGGUGACCACGGCGGCGGUCAGUUUGACGCCCGCACAGCGGCGUGCACGCAGCCCGAGCGACGGCGCAAACGCACCGCUGGAGCUUUUGUCUUCGAAAUAGGGGGAUUUUCAAGUGCAGAACAGACGCCUGGAGCUUCUUGUGUGUAUAUAUAAGAAAAUAUACAUGUAUUGAACCGGUUCACGUUGAUCCACGACGGCCGUGACAAGUUCCCUGCAUGUCACCGUGUGCACGCACCGGGACGCGGCGGCAUAUGUCUUUACGCCACGGCAAAGUCAACUUCUGCAAGUUUAAAGACGAUAGCUUAACGGCGCCGCCGGCACGACAGUAAAACAGCGUCAAGGAAGCGGCGCCUCAAGAGAACAGUUAUCACGAAGUGGCGCAGCGGCCAUUGCAGUGGUUAAAUGAAGAACUUGUGAACAUGCACGAGGGAAGGACGCUACCUUUCACUCCGGUGACUUCCCCAGAUGCUUUGGCCCAAAGAAAGAUGGAAAGGAAUGGGAAGAGCUUGAGCCAAGACUGCUGCACAGAACCCAUUCAGUGAGCCAACAGGGGAUUCCUCCGUACGCCACGUAGCCGAGCCGCUCACCUUCCCUUUUGACCCCUGAACCAAUAAGCAUUAUGACCUCCGAGCUGGAGAGCAGCCUCACUUCAAUGGACUGGCUUCCCCAGCUCAGCAUGAGGGCGGCCAUCCAGAAGGCAGAUGCAGGUCACCAUCACGGCCACCUCCACGGGCACCACCACCACCACCACCACCACCACCACGGCGGCGGCGGCGGCCACGGGCACCACCACGGGCACGGACCGGGCAAGAAAAUCGUACACCUUGAACCGGGAACGACGCUGGACCAAGAGGAGGCCGCGCAGCACAGAGAUGGGAAACCUCCCUACAGCUACGCCAGCCUCAUCACCUUCGCCAUCAACGGAUCGCCGCGCAAACGGAUGACCCUCAGUGAGAUCUACCAGUGGAUCUGUGACAACUUCCCCUACUACAGAGAGGCGGGCAGCGGCUGGAAGAAUUCUAUACGACACAACCUGUCCUUGAACAAGUGUUUUCUCAAAGUGCCUCGCUCCAAAGACGACCCUGGAAAAGGUUCUUACUGGGCCAUAGACACCAAUCCUAAAGAGGACACAGUACCCAGCCGGCCAAAGAAGAGACCACGCUCUGGAGAACGGGCGUCUACUCCGUACAGUCUGGAGUCAGAGUCUCUGAGAAUGGACUGCAUCAUGUCAGGAGGGGCGUCCCCAACCUUGGCCAUCAAUGCUGUUACCAACAAGGUAGCACUGUACAACCCAGAGGCAGAAGGCAGCGAGAGUCCCGGGAGUCUGGGCAGCCUGAGCAACAGUCUUUCAGAGCAGAGCCUGGCGUCUGUCAACCUCAACAACCUGAACACCGCCGUCAGCAGCGGCAGCAACGUGCACAGCUACACACCAGUGAGCAGUCACUCAGAGCCGUCGUCCCAGUCCCUGAGCCUCCAGCAGCCCGCCCAGGCUCCACCGCUGCCUCCUCCCCCUCCACAGCCCCAGUACGGGUUACCCGUCCCUGAGUCGCGGGACAAGCAACUCUGUUUCUCUGACUUUGAGGACCUCAGCGCUUCUUUCCGCAGCCUUUACAAGUGCGUCUUUGAGCAGUCCUUCUCGCAGCAAGGUUUGAUGAGUAUGCCUGGAGACUCCAGUCAACAGGCCAGGACCGCCUGCUCCUACCAGCACUCCCCCGGUGCAGGGAGCGGCGGCGGCGGCGGCCACCACCACCAACAACAGCAACAACAACACAACCACGGCCAGACGCCCCACCACCCUCACCACCCUCACCUCUCCCCCCACUCCACGCACAGCCAGCACCCGACGCACGGUCAGCACAGUCAGCACAGUCAGCACCAACAGCACUCCGCUCAUUCCCAGCAGCAUCCGUCUCUCUCCCACCAGAGUCACAGCGUACAGACCUGCCCCACUACAGGCAUGUCAUCAGACUGGUACCCUAACUUGGACUGGCUGAAGGAGAGCUGCCGCAUCGCCACCAGCUACAACUGGGCUGACGUGGACCUCUCCCCUUUUCAAGGUCUGAAGGAGAGCAUGCGGCAGGCUGAGCUCAACAACUGGUCACUGGAUGCCGCCCAGAUGGCCGACCUGUGUUCCUCCAUCAACCAGUUCUUCACGGCCACGGGGGUCAUCCCCCCUCAGGGCGCCGGCCACUCGCAACCUCAGGUCCAACACGCGACGCCACCAUCGGCGCCACAGCACCCGGCUCAGCCCCACGGCGCCAUGCACCCGAAGCCAAGUCACCACGGUCAGCACGGGCAACACAACCAGCACAUCAGCACGGGGAACAUGUACAUGGACUCCAGACAGAACAUUUCUUCUCUGAUGGGCCCACCAGGAUAUUCUCACAUUCCUCCCAUGAGCAACACGGCUCCCGCCAUGACAGGUGACUCCUCCAUCGCUCUCCUAACAGGUCAUCACAGCCAGCUGAGCCAGCAGCAGCAACAACACGGCCUCCCUCCGGGACACUUUCAGGUGAGGCGCUUGCUCGCUGCCGACGACAUCCAGGACGACUUCGACUGGGACUCCAUUGUCUAAAGUGAGCCAUCUACGCCCGGACGUAAAAUGAGAAGUGGCGUGAGGUAUGGAACUGGCCAACCUGCUCCUGUCACCUGUUGCGAAGAAACCGACGACAAUCCAACAAGAAUUCAAAUGGGGGAAAAAAGAAAUAAUAAUUCAAAUCAUGCUGGCCUUUUUUUUUCCCUUCUUCUUCUCCUUCUUCUUCUUCUCCUUCUUCUUCCCGCUGUUGAUGAGUUAAAAGACAAUCAGUGAAAACAACAAAACAGAGACGGGACAGACUGUGCUGUGCGAAGCCAUGAUGUGAACGCAUAUCAUCUGAAGAAACUGGACACCUGAAGCCCUCUGAAUUGUCUCACGUCGUGUCCUCUAGUGCCAACAGGGUUACAAGUCGCCAAAGUGUCGUCAAAUCGUCUGUGAAUUGUUUUUUCUUCUUUUUUUUCUUUUUAUUCUUAAAUCCGUUUCCUGCUACAACUCUUGUCUGCAACGUUUCACUGCCUGUGACUGAAAUGAGAACUCUGCAACUAUGUCAUCCUUUCAUCCCUUUGUGCAACUUUGUGUUUUUUCACCGGAAAUCUGUGUGGCUGUGGGUCCUAACAGCAGCAUUUCAGAAAGUGAGUGGAGCACCAUCUGCUGGCUGAAAUCGGCACUCGGUUUUCCUUCGUUUGAUGAAAAAAAAAAUUCUAUGCACCACAAUCUGUUUUUUCCCUUAUCUUUGUUCUGUCGCGCUGAACGGAGCUUAAACGUCUUUUCAGUAUUUUAUCACUAAGAGGCCAUAAUUUAUGGGUGUGCAGCGGUCCAUUUUGCCAUGUUCUCAGGGUGUACAAUUCUCAUAAAUCUGAGGUUAACUCUGUGUCGUAUGGUGCUGUCAGUGUUCACAUCCUGUUGGCCAACGGCAAGCGUCACCAGUAACUGUGGUCCAAAAGGUUUGACACCUUCAUUCGUCAACCGUAUAAGCUAAGAUACAGCGGAAUAAGCUUUCUCAGUAGCUCAAACAGCAGCCGCUGAUUCAAAUUGAAAGAAGACGCUGGCAAGACUCGGACUUAGUCAACAUUAAUGACCGGUUUCCUGACAUACUGUAUAAUUCAGUUCUAUCAUUUGGGGUUAAAAUGCAUAUCACUUACGAACAGGCAGAGAAGGGUUGGCUGUGGUUUUCGAAAGUCCUCAAUUAGGAGAAAGAUGAGCAGUUUUUUGCACAAGCUUGAUAGCAUCUAGUGAAUGAGAGAAAUAAAAGACAAGCUUUUUAUUUCUUUGUUUUAAAAGACCUAAAAAAAAAAAAAAAACAGAUCGGCGAGGGAGCAAAGACUAAACAAAACUUUGUUUUUCACUGUGAUGUUAAUUUUGUCUGUGUGUACAAGUGUGUAUAGUCCUCUCUGAUUUCCUUUAGCAUACGGCUUCAUACAGCUAAAAAAACAAACAAAAAAAAAACACAUAAGAAACAAAUGAAUUUCUUUGCAUUAACACUUUAAAGUCUUGUAUUUCCCACAGUGAAAUAGGGACCUUAAAGUGCUUUUUGAUUUGUUCAGGUGGUCAAAACAAGGUUUUCAUUGUUGCGGGCAAAAAAAAAAAAAAAAAAAAAAAAAUACUCCUUAUUAUUACCAUUAAAUGCUGUAUUACAGUGACCAGCAUAUAUAUCUUCUAUGUUUGUGUGUUGUCGUCCUUGUAAAUAACGGUACGUUGCUCCUCUGAGAAAAAAGAAAAGAAAACAAAUGGAGACUGUAUUUUGUUAUUUGUCCUUCAGGAGACACAUUGUGUACAUACCUUCAGUAUAUUGUAAAUAAGUGAUUUAAAAAAAAAAAAAAGGAAAAAAAAGACAACAGCAGACAUUUUGUGUGUUAUAAAUAAUCUGUGUAUGGCGGUUCAACGGUUAAAAUCUGUGUCAGUGUUUAUUAAAAAUGUCAUUGACCAUUUUUACUGCACUUAACGUUGCAGCUGCCGUCGUUAUUUCCUCAGCUGUUUGCAUGUUUCAACUAACGGGCCUGUAAGAAAAACUGUAAAUAAUCCUGCGGCUUUUUUUAGGGGUUUGUAAAAGCUUAGGUUUAACAAGCUAAAAGAAAAUCCAAGAAAUUUUCUUAGAAAACUUUUUCCUGCCUUGGCUUUGUGCCGCUUUGACCCUCGCGGCUUCUUGUCCAACAGGUGUCAGCCAAGAACCAGGCAACAUUAUUUUGUCCUGUAUCGCAUGUAAACUCUUGCAGACCACCCGUGUUAGCCUGUGUGAAAGUCACACAGUGUUCUAAGCGUAUUUACGUCUGCUUUUCAUUGGCAAACUGUUUGUAAAUCAUCUCUCCCUGUCUUGCCGGCGGGCGGUCGGGCCGGCCACAGAUGUUCUCUGCCCGCUUUCCUCUCUCUGGAAGACGGAUGUUUGCAGAUGUUUGUUUCAUUCAGAGUUUGCUAUCGUUUGCAAAGAAUGCGAGAGCCCUGCUGCAGAUGCUCAUUUGGCUCUUAACGCGGCGGUAAAGGAUUUUUGGAGGCAAGUCAAAGCUCUGUUUACACCUCUCUCCAUUCAUUCAGAACGUAUCCAACGAGAUCACGGCCUGACUGCUAUACUGUUUUAAUACUUUGAAGUGUCUGGCUCGUCUUGAUAAAUGGAUAACUGCUGUGUUUAUCUGUGAUUUUACGCGCGUGCUUUCGCUUUUGAGUGCGUGCACUCCGCUGAUAUUUUCAUGCUCUGGAAGCGUUGUGCUGACCUGGCUGCGCUCCAAGCGGAGGAGCGCGUCUCACACGGGGCUGGACCACAACGGCUGAAAACCAUACUGCCCCAAUCCAGGCACCCUCCUCCCAAAACCAACCUGCCCCUUGCUCCUCGGCCCGCCCAGCCCACCACCACCACCUCCAGUACCAGCACCCCUCCUCCACUCUCAAUCACUCACACGCACCCUCUUUUCUCUCUCCCGCUGUGUGCCAUUCCCUCUUUCUCUUCCCCUACACUUCCUCAAAGUGGCCACAGCUCCUCUCUUUUCUCCUGUCUCUCUCACAUCCCUCCACUGUGUUUUUUUUUUCCCUUUAUCCUCCAAAAGCGACCAGCCCCGACUCCAUCGGCUUGCACAUCUUCACCCGCGCCUGUUGAAAGGAUCUCAACUUCGCUCGAGGCUUUUUUUUUUUUUUUUUUUUUUAAUUUU